AUGGACUAUGAAGAUGAUGCGCCACCAGACCUCGUCGACGUUGCUGGAGACCACGAGCUAGAGCAACAACAAGAGGAAGGGGAAGAAGAGGUGCCCUUCAAGGUCCCCAUUACUAUAGUAACAGGAUAUCUGGGCGCCGGGAAGACGACUCUGCUUAAUUAUAUCCUGACAGCGCAGCAUGGCAAGAAGAUUGCAGUUAUCAUGAACGAAUUUGGUGAUUCCAUGGAUAUUGAAAAGUCCCUUACUGUCAACAAGGGGGGCGAGCAGGUCGAAGAAUGGCUGGAGGUCGGCAACGGCUGCAUUUGCUGCUCUGUUAAAGAUUCCGGUGUCAACGCCAUCGAGUCCUUGAUGGAGAAGAAAGGCGCCUUUGACUACAUCUUAUUGGAGACCACCGGAUUGGCCGAUCCGGGUAACUUGGCGCCACUAUUUUGGGUUGAUGAUGGCCUAGGAAGCACCAUCUAUCUUGACGGCAUAGUGACUCUGGUUGACGCCAAAAACAUUAUUCGCAGCUUGGAAGAUCCUCACGGCGAGGUACAAAAUGAGGCCCACGAAGAUACUCAUGGGCCAUUAAUGACGACGGCACAUGUCCAGCUAUCCCAUGCCGACGUCAUCGUCAUCAACAAGGCCGACUUGGUAAGCGAGGAAGAGCUUGAACGCGUGAAGGAGCGCAUCCAAUCUAUCAACGGUCUCGCCAAGCUUCACAUUACCGAAAGAGGGGCCGUUCCUCAACUUGAAGGGUUCCUAUUAGAUUUGCACUCUUACGACCGUGUUUCAGAUCAAGAUCUCCGUGCUAAAGGCCACAGCCAUCUAGACCCGACUAUCUCGACGCUUACCAUUCUGGUCCCCGUACUCUCGUCAGAGCAAUUGGACAAGGUGGAUGUUUGGUUGAGGUCGGUGCUUUGGGAUUCUGAGCUUCCUGGCUUCCCAUCAGCGGCACCAUUCGAGACCCAUCGAUUAAAAGGUCGGCUGGUCCUCAAAAACGGCGCUGUCAAGAUGAUCCAGGGCGUGAGAGAGAUAUUCGAGAUUCUAGAUCAAGAAAGGAACGGCGAAGAUCAAGUCCCACAAGAAGGCAAGAUUGUUGUGAUUGGUCGCCACCUGGUGCCGGAGAAAUUCGAGAGAAGCUUCCGCAAUGCGAUAGACUAA